AUGGUGCAGUACUCAGGAUGGAAGCGCACAGCCGUCUGGCUAACGGGUCUCGUCGCGACGCUCACGACGUUUCUAGUCGUCAUGCUCUUCGUGUCGCUGUUCGCCCUAGAGAAGGAAUCCGACGAGAACACCGUUAUCAACUCCGGAAAUUACGGCAGUGGUGAUGCUCUGGGUCAGAGUAUCCUGUACAAAGGGAACUGCGAUGUCUCGUCGAGAGCUAACCUGUGGAUUCACUUGGCCAUCAAUGUUAUUGGUACUGGAGUCUUGGCGUCAAGCAACUUCUUUAUGCAGAGUCUUGUAGCGCCUACAAGGAAGGAAGUUGAUGCUGCGCACAAAGCGGGCCAUUGGCUUGAGAUUGGUGUUCAAUCGCUCAAGAACGUUCGCUUCAUUGGCUGGAAGAAGGUUUUGUUCUGGUCUCUGUUCUCGCUUAGCUCGGUCCCGUUGCAUCUCGUCUUUAACGGUUGUGUCCUUGAGUCGAAGGGCACGAAUGGGUUUACUGUGCUGUUGGGCGCCGAGAGCCUUGCUUCUGCGAGUUGGCAGGGUCGCCCGUCUAUCACGGGAGCCCUUCUCGGGCAGUCUGGUGACGGGCGCUGGUUGCAGAGCGAAAGUGAGGAUCCGUCCAGGUUGAAGCCCAUUAAUGUGUCUAUUGCGACGAAUGAUACGCAUGGGAGCUGGCAAAAGAUCAGUUUCCAGGAGUGUAUGAAGCGAUACAACGACCCGGAAAAGUCUUUGACACAUUCGCGACACUUGAUCAUGGUCAUGUACAACUUCGAAGAUGAAUGGCGCAACUCAACAAAAGGAUGGAAACUGAGCCAAGUCUACAAGAACACAACGGGCAUGAACGACACAGACAUCGUGAACCCUCUCUGGACAGUAGACGGAUUCAUGCGCAGCGGUCGGAGUUAUGGAGAGCUUAACGGUCCUAUCUCUGGAAGGUACCACGCCACCUACUCCUAUGUAGGUAAGAUGCGUCUGUGGAAAGCGGGCGAAUGGCCUAUGCUCCAAGCCUCCAACACCCUAGACCCAACGUCUGGUCUACUUGUUAUGGACUACAAGCUGUACAAGCCCGAGUACAGAGUCAUGCAGGUUGAUCACUGCUGGUCUGAGAAGUACGAGGCGCCAUGUCGGUUGAGUAUUGCGAACAGUCUCUUGCUCAUCGUAUGUAUCAUGUGUGGCCUCAAAUGCACUCUAUGCUUCCUGGUUCUUAAACUGAGGGUAUGGGGUGAUGAAAACCCUCUCAUGACGCCUGGUGAUGCGAUUGCUUCGUUCAUUAGCAGACCCGACGAAGAGACCAGGGGCAUGUGUACAUUGAGCUUGGAAGACUUGAGAAAGCUACCUGCCAAGACACAGCUUGGACUUGGUGACUCAACACAGGCAUAUAAAUGGCUAAACGGUCCUCGACAAUGGUACACAUCCUCGCGCAAGUUCGGGAAGGCGGUGCCUCGAAAUAUCUGGAUUUUGUCUUCUCUCCUCAUUGGAAGUUCUCUUACUGUCGGAGGAGUCAUGAUGGGUAUCUCCCUGCAAGAACAAAGCUUAAGCCAGGCACGCUUCGGCCAUUCCCCUGCUAACCAGGACGUCAACAACGAAAACUUGAACGACCUUACUCUGCUUCCACUCACAAUGGUAGCUAACACACCGCAACUCAUCUUGUCGAUAUGCUAUCUCGCGUACAAUGGACUCUUCACACGUAUGUUAGCCGAGUUCGAGUGGUCCAAGUACAGCGUCGAGUUUCGAGCACUGCGAGUUACGGAGCCGAGGGGCAGCCAGAACUCUACCUAUCGACUGCAGUUGCCGUAUAGAUUCUCGAUACCGUUGAUGAUAGUCAGUAUUGCUCUACACUGGCUUUACUCUAAUUGUAUCUAUGUGAGCAACUACGAAUUCGGUCUCCAAUUCUCUUCAAAGGCCGUCUUAAUCGCCUUCGUAAUGUCUUUCUGCGUCGCCAUAACACCCAUCUUCCUAGCAAACGUCAAACUGCCCGGCAUAACCGUUAUAUCAGGAGGCAACUCAGUCAUUAUCUCAGCCGCUUGCCACUACCCCUCUCAGAAACUCAAAACAGUGAGCCGCGCCACUUCGAAACUCAGCCUUGUUCCCAGCGAGUAUGACAGCAUGAGCACUAGGCUGAUUGGGGAUGCUGAGGUGGAGGAGCUGCAGGAUGUGGCGAGGGGGAAGGUCAAGUGGGGGAGGUUGUCUACUGGCAAGAGUGAUGACAGUCAGGUUGGGCAUCUUGGGUUUGGGACGGAGGAGAUGGAAGUUGAUAGGCCGAUUGAAGGGGAGCACUAUAGUUGA